CUGCACCCCCCUCCAGGUGCGGCACCGCCAGUCAGGGCAGAUCAUGGUGCUGAAGAUGAACAAGCUGACCAGCAACCGGGGCAACAUGCUGCGGGAGGUGCAGCUGAUGAACCGCCUCUCGCACCCCAACAUCCUCAGGUUCAUGGGGGUGUGCGUGCACGAGGGACAGCUGCACGCGCUGACGGAGUACAUCAACGGUGGGAACCUGGAGCAGCUGCUGGACAGCCCUGUGCCCCUCUCCUGGUCCAUGCGUGUCAAGCUGGCCCUCGACAUCGCCCGUGGCUUGCGCUACCUGCACUCCAAGGGCAUCUUCCACCGUGACCUCACCUCUAAGAACUGCCUGGUGCGCUGCGAGGCCAAUGGCUACACAGCUGUAGUGGGUGACUUCGGCUUGGCGGAGAAGAUCCCCACCUAUAGCGAGGGCGGUGAGAAGGAGCCGCUGGCCGUGGUGGGCUCCCCGUACUGGAUGGCGCCCGAGGUGCUGCGAGGGGAGAUCUACAACGAGAAGGCCGAUGUGUUCGCGUACGGCAUCAUCCUAUGCGAGACCAUUGCUCGUGUCCCCGCUGACCCUGACUACCUGCCCCGCACCGAGGAUUUUGGUCUGGACGUCACCACUUUCCGCACCAUGGUGGGGAUCGACUGCCCAGCGGCCUUCCUCCAGCUUGCUUUCCACUGCUGCAGUAUGGAGCCCACCUCCCGCCCCUCGUUCCUGGAGAUCACGCAGUGCCUGGAGGGGGUCCUGCAGCACCAGCCGGGUGCCGAGGGCGCCGGGGCCACCCUCUUCGGUGGUGGGGAGAGCCUGCCCGCGCCUGGGAUGGCGGCCACGCUCAACGGGGUAGCUGGGAGGGCGGCUGGCCGUGCCGAGCAGUCGCCCCUGCGUGAGCUGGGGACACAGCACCUGCAGCCGGACCAGCGCCUGUCCCGCAGCCAGUCCGACAUGUUCCCCCCCAAAUCGCCUGUCCUGCUGUGGCCCGUGGAGCCUUACGGCGGGGCCAGGACCAAGGAGACGCCCCACCGCGUCAACCCCUUCUCCCAGCGCGAGGACCUGAAGGGGGGGAAGAUCAAGCUCUUCGACACGCCGAGCAAGUCGGUCAUCUCGCUCACCUUUGAUCUGCCGCCCCCCGCCCCGCUCCAGCUCAGCACCCCCGUGACGCCUGAGCCUGCCGUGGAGGUGCAGUGUGACUUCUCGGCCCCUGCCACCACGCCCCGCAAGUGCCACUCGCUGCCUGCCUCCCCCGAGCUGCCCCGCCAGGGGGGCCUGGCACUGGGCGUGGGGUUCCCUCGUGCGAAGGGCCCCUCGCUGCCUGCCUCCCCCGAGCUGCCCCGCCAGGGGGGCCUGGCACUGGGCGUGGGGUUCCCUCGUCCCGCCAUCAACCCCCAGCCCCCCAACCUCCUUCCUCCCCCAGCCUGGGGACAAGGCUCCCCCCGCAGCCCCAGAGUGGAGGAGCAGAUGGACUGCGGCCCCGACAGCCCUGAGGUGCCGCAGCCCUCCCUGCCGCCCCCCAACAGCAACUUCAUCCGCACAGCGUCCUCGGGCGCCCAAUCCUGGCAGCCGGAGCCGCGAGUCCCCAACGGGCUCCUCUUCAACAACAACCACGUGGUGGUCAGCAAACCCCUGGCUUGGGGCAGCGGGCUGGAGCACGGCUUCUCCGAGCUCAGCAUCCCCUGCGCUGUGGCGCUGGAGCGGACGGAGCGCACAGCCAUGCUGCCCGGGCACGGCUCCAGUGCCGUGCUGGAGCAGGACGAGGUGCUGCCCUGCCCUGGCUGCUGCCUGGGUCCCUUCAGCUUCAGUUUCGCCUCCGUCUGCCACCGGCCGGCACCCAGCCCGCCUCGCUACCAGAACCUCAACUGUGAGGCCAAGAGCCUCCUCUGCCACGACCGGGGCCACCACCAGAAGGCCCCGGGGCCAGUACUAGCGGAGCCCAGCCUGAAGCUGCCGGAGGCGCAGUCCUAGUGCCGGGGACCCCUGGGGAGUGGGGCUGCGUCCAGCUGCCCCUCGGACCCCCCUGCAGCCGCAGCGCCAAGCAGGUGUGGGGGCCCAGCCUGUCCCUGUGGUCCGUCCUCGCUCGGCGCUUGGUGGCUGCAGUGGCGCUGAUGCCCCAUGCCGUGGCCGCCAUGGCGCUGCCCAGGCGCUUGGGCACCUGUCCCGCCGGGAUCAGCCUGAGGGGUCUGCGGGGAGCCCCGGGUGUGGGCUGGGUCCCUGCCAAGGACUGAAGUGCAAUAACGCCCCUGCCCCGGGCACGCUCCAGCAUUGCCCUGGGCAGCAGGGCUGGUCUCCCAUGGGGCUCCCGGGGUUCACACCCUGGAUGCGGGACCCUCUUUCCCCAAGGGCUCACCCCUCUCUGGGCUCUCACAGAGGGGUGUGCAAUGAGCCUGCUCUCCCGGGAGAACUAGGAGCCCCCCGCAGCCCCCCAGGCCAGGGGGGGAGCGGGGCU